UGAACUGAUUAAGGACUAAGGGCUGUGAGAAGUUAGAGCUGGGGAGGGCAACAAUGCAAACCAAAGAUUAGACGAUGAAAGGAUUAAAGGAAAGCAUCAUAGGCGACAGGUUGAAGAAGAUGAGGAAGGUGCGCAAACAAGAGUUACUCCUAUAGCUGGUGUGAAGAGAAUGAAGUUGUGCAAAGGAAAGAAAAGAAGGAAGCUCUAAUGCAGCAUUACAGAAGUCAACUGCUGUAAAACAUCAGAGACAAAGGAUUCCAAAGAAUCCACUACGUUUACUUAAGCUUUAUUCCUCAGUCCCAAACCAUGAAUAUUGUGGGCCAGUUAGCAGAGACGGUAUUUGUGACGGUAAAGGAGCUGUACCGUGGUCUUAACCCCGCCACUCUCACCGGAGGGAUCGAUGUCAUUGUGGUCCGUCAGCCUGAUGGAACGUUCCAGUGUUCCCCCUUCCAUGUCCGCUUCGGAAAGCUUGGUGUGCUGCGCUCUAAGGAGAAAAUUGUGGACAUUGAAAUAAAUGGAGAGGCGGUUGACCUCCAUAUGAAGCUGGGGGACAAUGGAGAAGCUUUUUUUGUGGAGGAAAAUGAUAAUAUGGAGUCCCAGGUCCCACCCCACCUGUGCACAUCCCCAAUUCCACGUGAGAUCCCCGAGGAGAUGGAGGAGAGUCCUGAGGGAUCUUCUGUCUCUGGCGCACGGAGGAAGAAACGCCGUCGCAAGCGCAUGCGCUCAGAUACUCACCUGAGAGAGGACCAUUCUUCAUCGGAUGAGAGAGAAAGAGACAAGGAGUGGGAGAGGGAAAGUGAAAGUUCUGCUCAGGAGGAUGUUGUCUCACCAUUACAAGUCAGUAAAUCGGUGUAUUACUCACUGUCCGAGGAGCCAAGUGAGGAGCUCAGAGACACUCACCCUCACUCAGAUGGAGAACCGUUACCCUUGGAAAGCAAUGUGUUUCUCAGUCGUCCUUCCUCUCCAAAGAGCGACUCGGAGCUCCUGCAUAGACCUGAAGAACCCUCAGGGCCUCAGAUGCAGUGGAACUGGGGAGGUUUUCCUACGCUGCGUCAAUCAGAAAAGUCAUCGAUCGAGUUAGAGAGUAUCUCACCUUCUGGGAAUUCUCAUUUCCGCACCAUUGAGAGACAGGACUCGUUUGACAUGGAUUUGGAGCCUGUGAUUAGCUGUGGCAGAGUGAGCAGCGUAACAGUGGUCAGACCACAACCCAGGACUCAAUCCGUAGAUGUAACUAGUCAUGCCAUGCAAACCAUUAACUUAUCCAAUGAAACAUACCCACACAUUCCACAUUCUGCCUCCAACAUGGACUCGAGAGAAACACUAGAAUACACAGUAGGGGAAGAGGAGAAAAUACACUCAUCUGAUUGUCUAACUAAUGGCACUGAUCCUAUUGAUGGCGAAGGAGGCACAGUCAGUGUUAGCACUCUUAGUAUAGUUACAGAAUCAUCAUAUCUACAGCAGCAGGGCGCUUCAUUGGAGCAAAGUGAACAGGGUUUGACCAAUAGUGCCCCGGUCAGUGAGGGGGACAGUGGGAUAGAUCCCUGCAUUGAGGCACGUGAAGAAGACAGUCAACCUGGAGUAAUGGAGGGGUCAAAUGGAAUCACACUGACCAAUAAGACUGCACUAAAAGAUGAAGCGGUAAAAGGCGGAGAUGGCUCUACCGCCGUCGAGUUGUUAACAGACACGUCUGUGGCGUCUUCCAAAGCGGAGCAACAGUGCCAGAAGAAAGGUAAAUUGAAGCACCAUCUAGGACCAACAGACAUUUACUUGGACGACCUGACCUCGCUGAACCCAGAAGUGGCUGCGCUCUACUUCCCAAAAAGUGAGACGGAGGGAGCGUCUCAUCAUGGAGCAGAACAGGGCUCGUGCUCAGGAAGUCAGUCACCUAAUUCAGUGGUCAGCGGGGCCAUAGACAGCGGCACAGAAUACCUGUCAGACUCCGCCUCCUACAACAUGGACGUCAGCAUGUCCCUCUGUGGACAAGAGGGCGACACCAGCCAGAUAACCAAAGAAAAGUUUUUGGAGCACAUUGUGACCUACCAGGAAUUUGCCAACAAUCCAGGGAUCAUUGACGAUCCAAGUCUUGUCAUCUGCAUCAACAACAACUACUACAACUGGGCAGUGGCUGCUCCAAUACUUUUGUCGAUGACAACUUUCCAGAAAAACUUACCCAAGAGUUCAAUAGAGCAGCUGGUGAAGGACAAGAUGCCAAAGAAGUCUGGGCGCUGGUGGUUCUCCUGGAGAAGAAGAGACAUGCAAAAAAGCUCAAAGGAUGAACAGGAGGAUCAGCUGGUCAGUGCUUCUUCCACUGUGAAGGCAACACUAGAUGACAUUGACAGUGAUAAGGCAGCAGGGCUCGGAAAAAAGGCCACCAUUCCUUCCAGCCAAUCAACAGACACCAUCAAUGCCGCUCAGUGUUUCAGCCAGAUUUACUGCAAAUCACUACGUCUGACCUCUGCACAGAUAGAGUACCUAAACCUGCGUGAGGGAGCCAACAAGGUGGUGUUCAGCGUGACCACACAAUAUCAGGGCACCUGUCGCUGUGAGGCUGCCAUCUACCUGUGGAACUGGGACGACCGCAUCAUCAUAUCAGACAUCGACGGGACCAUCACUAAGUCUGAUGCUCUGGGACAUAUUCUACCUCAGCUGGGAAAAGACUGGACACACAAAGGCAUUGCCAAACUCUACCACAAAAUCCACCAAAAUGGCUAUAAAUUUCUGUACUGCUCAGCGCGGGCUAUAGGCAUGGCUGCUAUCACUAAGGACUAUCUGCGGUGGGUCAAUGAAGGAGGCACUGUCCUUCCUAAAGGGCCUGUACUGCUGGCUCCAAGCAGCCUCUUCUCAGCACUGCACAGAGAGGUGAUUGAGAAGAAGCCGGAGGUGUUUAAAAUCGCUUGUCUCAGUGACAUCAGAGACCUGUUCAACCCACAGCGACAACCCUUCUACGCAGCCUUUGGUAACAGGACGAAUGAUGCUUAUGCCUAUAAGGAGGUUGGUGUGCCCGACAUCAGGAUAUUCACCGUUAACCCAAAGGGAGAACUCAUCCAGGAGAAGAAAGUCAUCAAGUCCUCGUACAGCCACCUCACUGAACUGGUGGAACACUUCUUCCCCAUGUUCUCUGCAAAGGCCAGCACGUCCUUUGCGUUUGAGUUUCCUGAGUACAGCAGCUUCUCCUACUGGAAGCAGCCUCUGCCAGAACUGGACCUGGAUGCACUUCUGUAGACACACACACACACACACACACACCCACAUCAGUACAUACUGUACCUUCACUAUUUCCCCGCUCCCUCAUUUUGCCAGAAAGGCCUUUCAGUGGAUGUCUGAAUGUUGCUUUCGAUAGAGCAGCCAACUGUGUAUCCUGUGUUAUGAGCCGCUGGAUAAACUGGAACAUUGAUUGAUUUGCAAAUAAAGUCACAAUGCAAAUGUUCUGCAUUUAAAAUAUAAGUGCAUAAACCUUUCAUGCAUUCAUCUCAGUGACCUUACACUGACUGUAACUGUUUACUUAAUGAACAUGACACCAAUGGACAAACAUGCCUUCAGACUGUUUAAGUUUCUUUAAUAUUAUUGUUGGUACCACUGUCAUAGUCAUUCUAAAAUAUACAUAUACAACUGCAGUGUGUAACUUUUAAAUAUACACAAAUGUCUAAUGCAUUCAAACCACUGUUAAAUGGGUUUGCUCUAUGCUGAUUAUGUCUUUUAAAGUUUUGUUUUCGGGUUGCCUGGCAACGUUCCCACACUGCCGACAGCUGGAGGCAACGUAAACAUUGCACUAGUAAAGCGAGACAGCUGCAAACAGGUUGGAGUCACAGGAAACUGAAUUCUAAAGACGUUGCAUCAUUUCUGUUUACCAAAAGUAAACGGAGGCAGAAUAAUAACAUUAACGUCAACAACAAAAAAAGUUACACACUGUAGCUUUAACUGAUGUAUUGGCACUGUCACACAUUUCUGAUCAUGGACCUAAAUAAUGUUUGCACAAACAAAGCAAUUCUUUGGAGGGUGGGGGUGUUAUUGAUCCAUACUUCCAUAAUAAUCUUUCAACAUCAUGUAAAUAUAGUGACCGAAGAAAGAACUACACUUCUGCUCCUUCUGAACUCUCUUCACAGCCUCACAACUAAAUCUAUAGCAUGACCAUGGGCUCAGAGAGAGAGAGAGAGAGGGCAGGCGCUCUAAUUGUUCCACUACAUCUACUCUCUCUACAGGUCCUUUCCUGUGCUGCAACAACAAAAACUGCUUGUGCUACAAUGAAACCUCAAAAACGUAAGAGUCACAAGUGGAGUUGUACAAUAUGCAGGGCUUCAGAGUUGAGUAGAGUGUUUAUUUUUUCUCCAGCGAUCCUGCCUACUGUUGCUUAACUUGAUGCCUAAAUUCCAAAAAUCUUGCAAGUGCUAUUGUCUGUGUUUUCUGUGACUGAUAAUGAUCAGUGCCAUAGUUAAGUCUAAUCACCUGCAACAGAUACAGUCAAAAGUAGCAACCUAUUGUCCUAUUAAUUUGUGGAGAUGGUGCGUCUGUGUGUUCAUGACAACAGAGAAUGUAUUUGAACUUGAGUUUUUAUGUACCUGCAUGUACCAAGUCACCAAAUACUGUGUAAGAAAUGUAUUUAAAAAUGGUCCGAGUUGUUUUAGCGUCCAGUUGUAAUUGUGACCGACAGCUGCAGUUCAUCCUCAUGAGUGUUGAGCAUUUUUGGUUUGUUUGUUUCAAAGAACAUUUUAGCCUCAGGGGUGAAGAAAACACUUCACAGUAAAAAUGACUGAGUGAGAGCUGGUUUUAUAGUGUAAUAGUAGAAUUAUCUUGAUUCAGGACUGCGAUAAAAAAAGUGGAUCAGAGCACAGGGUGACAUUUCCAUGUCUUCCUUUGAGUUUCAGCAGCGUUAAGUUUGAACAUGUGUGUUCACUGCAUAAAAGAGGAGGUGGCUCAGCCUUACUGUGGGGAGUUGAAUGUGGAUUUGACGUGUGGAUGUGGAUCGUAGACUUUAGAUGGGGAUUUACAAGUAAUGAUUUACUCUUUGUCGCACUAUGGCACAAUUCUAUUUAUUAUUUUUUUCUGUAUCUUCCACCGUUCAUAUGUGUUAAGACUUUAACUGUUACCUAUGUUAAAUAUAAAAGACAUUAAAACACA